AUCCCCCAUCGUCAUCCAACUUCCAAAUAUCCCCCAUCAUCAUCCAACUACCCAGUCAAGUUGCCUCAUUUCAUCGCAUACGCCUUACAUCGCACCAAGCUUCGUGCUCAUCCAACUUCCAAAUAUCCCCCCAUCAUCAUCCAACUAAGGCCUUGCGAAUAUGCGCUCUAUCCCCCAUCGUCAUCCAACUCCCAAAUAUACCCCACCGUCAUCUUCAUGCUCGCCUCUAAGGUCAUAUGCGACGAUACUUACUCUAACAAGUCCUAG